GUCGUGUAUACAUCGAAGGAUGAACACCGGGGAGAGCGAACUGAAACCCCGCUCAUAGAAGCAUCGGGGAAGAGUGAAGAACUCAUGGCUGUUCUGCUUGCUCAUGGCGCGGAUUCGCAUCAGGCCCUGGAGAAAGGGACAUCUGCACUGCACGAGAUCUGUACCCGGCACGGACUCGUGACACCCAUCAUUGCCGCAGGCCACGACCUCGAAAGAAGAGAUGCCCAGGGUCAGACGCCGCUAUUGCGAGCCUGCGAACAACGCGGGAAAAGCAAGAAUGCAGGCCUCCAUGAGGAUGAUCGUGAACACACCGCACUCGCGCUCAUCCGGGCUGGGGCGAACAUCCACGUCGCCGACAAUCCCGGCUCCACGGCCCUGCACUAUGCCGUGCUGAACAAUUUGCGCGAGGUCGUCGAGGAGCUUCUUGCCAGAGGAGCCUCGACGGUCGCGCAUAACACACAUGGACUAAGCCCGCUGCAUGUAGCACUUGCCGAGUCCAUCGAUCGCUCAGUAGACGAGGAUGCCAUGCCUUCUCUGCGGUUCAAAUGGAACCUGGAACGCCUCGGGGCGGCGGGAGCAAACGCAACGGAGCGCUUCCCGGACGGCAGAACCGCCCCGCACUUUAUAGCCCCGGUCCUGAUGCAAUGCACCGCUAAGGACAUAGAAGAACGCGCCAUUUCCACGGGUUCUGAUGAAAAGGACGAAGGCCUGUACCCGGCGUGCUUGGCGCUGUAUCAGCUGUUUCUUGACAAGGGCUGCAGUCGCGAAGCCCGCGACAAUCAAGGCAACACGCCCAUCUUUGCCUAUGUCAACCAGCUGCGGGUGUACCAUAUGGAUGAGUAUACGGCGUCUCCGCCGGAGGAGUCUGACUUGCGGCGUAUGUUCGCGGAGCAUGAAGUCCAUGCGGUGAACGGCAACGGGGAUACCUUACUGCAUGUAGUUGCGCGCCGCAAAGAUGACCCGAUUGAUGUGCCGUACGACGACGAGGGGAAUCUUUUCGCGUUGCUGGUGGAGCUGGGGCUGGAUCCGACUCGAGAGAACAAGGACGGGGUGACGGCGCGGGAAGUGGCCGCUGCUUGUGAUAAAUGGUCCAUUUUAGAUUCGACGAGGAAUGGGUGAUUCGCUUGCUCGUGCCUUCUUGGAAGGAGAUUUGCUUUGCAUUCUUCGAU